CGCUUCUGUACUUUUAAUGGGCUCACCGCUAAUUAGCCAGUCUCAGCGUGACCUGGAAGUACGCGUGGAGAAGCGGGCGGUGCCGUCUUUCUACAUCCGGUAUGUUCGACCCUCUCACGAGCAGCGAAGGCAGACGAAGAAUGGAUAGAGCCGCUAACGGCGCUCUGCUGGCUCUUCAAGCUUGAGACAACAGCAGCAACGAGCAGCGCGGAAAACCUCCCGUCACACUCGGGGUUUUCGUCUCUUUUUUUUUCUUUAGAGUUGCGAAAACAACAAGCUGCAUCCCGGCCGUCUUAGAUCUCCCCACAGCGAAGGUCUUCCACCUUCUCCUUCCCGUAACAAAUGUUGAGGCCUAACAUCUCUUAGAGGUGAGGGUGAGGACGGGUCAGAGUGUCGGUCAGCUGCGCCAGGUUUUGUCCCAUGAGAGUGACUGUACCAUCCAGGCACCACCAGUGACCAGGGCUGUGGCUGUGGUGGGCCCGGCCCAAGAGGCCUUUUUGUACAUCACUCCAGGCUCCCACUGACCUGUGCUGCUCUCACCAUGGAUCAGCAGAGAGACAAGUAUGGUGACCGACCGCAAAGGAGCACGAAAGUGUCCCAGGGAGGCCGGAGCGGACAUUCGUCCCGGCCAUCUGGCUCUUCCAGCUCCUCCGGGGUUCUCAUGGUGGGGCCAAAUUUUCGCGUAGGCAAGAAGAUUGGCUGUGGAAACUUUGGUGAAUUGAAGCUUGGCAAAAAUCUCUACACAAAUGAGUAUGUAGCUAUUAAACUGGAACCAGUGAAGUCGAGGGCACCACAGCUGCAUUUAGAGUACCGGUUCUACAAAACACUGGGAACCGCAGAAGGUGUGCCUCAGGUGUUUUACUUUGGGCCCUGUGGGAAGUACAAUGCCAUGGUCCUGGAGCUGCUCGGCCCAAGUCUAGAAGACCUCUUUGACCUUUGCGACCGGACCUUUUCACUGAAGACCGUCUUAAUGAUAGCAAUUCAGCUGAUUUCUCGAAUGGAGUAUGUGCACUCUAAAAAUCUUAUCUAUAGAGAUGUAAAACCUGAAAACUUUCUCAUUGGACGGCAAGGAAAUAAAAAGGAACACAUCAUCCACAUCAUUGACUUUGGCCUGGCCAAAGAGUACAUCGACCCCGAGACCAAAAAACACAUUCCGUACCGAGAGCAUAAGAGCUUGACUGGUACUGCCCGAUAUAUGUCCAUCAAUACACACUUAGGCAAAGAGCAAAGUCGGCGAGAUGACCUGGAGGCCCUGGGCCACAUGUUUAUGUAUUUCCUUCGUGGGAGUCUACCUUGGCAAGGGCUAAAGGCUGACACACUGAAAGAACGAUACCAGAAGAUUGGAGACACAAAGCGAAACACUCCCAUCGAGGUCCUCUGUGAGAACUUUCCAGAGGAGAUGGCCACCUACUUGCGAUAUGUGAGGCGGUUGGACUUCUUUGAAAAGCCAGACUAUGAAUAUUUGAGGACUCUGUUCACGGAACUGUUUGAGAGAAAAGGAUACACCUUUGACUACACUUACGACUGGGUUGGCAGGCAGAUUCCCACACCGGUGGGAUCUGUCCAUAUAGACUCAGGAGCAUCUGCAGUCACGAGAGAGAGCCAUCCUCACAGAGACCGACCCUCGCAGCACCCACCAAUUAGAAACCAGACAGCAGUCUCAGAUCGACGAGGAGCAUGGGAGGUGCAGCCUGCACGCCAAGCAAACUCCUCCUAUCUGACCUCCCACCUGACAGCGGACAGGCACGGGGGCUCAGUACAGGUGGUCAGUUCAACCAACGGGGAGCUGAAUGCAGACGAUCCGCUGGCAGUUCAUUCCAACGCUCCGAUUACAGCUCAGACAGAGGAGCAUCCGCCCGACGAGGCCAACUGCGUGAAAAUGCUCAACCUGUGGUGUUGCUGUUUCUUCAAGCGGAAACGGAAGAAGAACACGCCACGGCACAAAUGAUCACGGCAGCACCAGCCCGAAACGUUCCAACUGUCCGGCUCAGUCGAUUUGUGACUUCAGAAGGUCCCAGAUAAAGGUCCCAUUCAGAAUAAAUGAGGGAGUCAUCUGAAAGAUUUUGAUUGUUCUUCGUUUGGACGAGUAUAAAACGAUUUGCCGAGAUGUACAAGAUGCUUGUGUCUUUUGUUGGGAGUUCUUUUAAUUU